AUGUUCGAUCUGAGAUACAGUCGUUACUACAUGAUGUUUAUUUAUAUAGUUCUUACUGUCAUGUUGUCUGGGUGUUUUAAAGUAAGCUUUUUUGGUUAUUCCCUUGUUAUAAAAAAUCCUCACUUCAGCAGUUUAACUGCUGAACCAAUGAGUAACAUGACUGAAGAUGAAAAAGCGGCGAGGUAUUCUAGGGCAAACGAAUUAUCGAGACCUUUGAAUUGUUCACUACAUAACUUGAAUUCCAACCUUACUUAUGUAACCCUUGGUAUUUUUGGCUUUGAUGGUGUGAUGGAUUGCAUAAGAAGAGUGAUGCACUACGCAAUUUUUCGGUUUUCUAGCUAUGCAGCUGUCUCCUUUAUAAGUGGAUGCCAAGUGAUUUUACUAACUACUUUCUUUAUGAGCUUUACGGUAAAAUAUCUGAUACUUUUAUCAUGGAUUUCCACUGUCACCAUUUUGAUUGCGGCUUAUGAAGUAUAUGAACUACUUUAUCGGUCAAACUGUACAGGAAUAUUAGAAGCCUUUGACUUUUUUCUUAAGAUACGUAUGGAAAAAUCUAUAUGCGUAACCUAUGGAAUUGCCGUUGUUAUCUCCGCAAUUUCGAGCGUAUUGUCUUUAUAUUUAUAA